GAUCCAGGACCCUUUGCUGGGUCUAUUUCUGUCAUGUACGGUUACAAUCAAGGGAAUUACGGGAACUAUGGAUCUGCCUAUACAGCGGCCGCUGCAGCUGCAGCAGUUUAUGGAAAUUUAGGUGUUGGUCAAGCUGCUUCUCAAGCUCAACAGCAGUCAAGCAGCGUGUUCGGGUCGUCAACAACCAAUCCAUACGCUACCUAUAACUCUGUUGCGGCUUCUUACGGAUAUGGGAACCAAUCUACAAAUGCGGCCUCAAUGUAUGCCGCACAAGCUGCUCAGGCACAAGUGCAAGCCACUCAAGUGAGUCGUUUGUCUGCUGAUGCUGCAUAUGCUGCUGCCGCUGGCGUUGCCCCGAGCCAAUAUUCAACAUUCGGAGCUGGACAAAUUGCAGGAAAAUUGCGUCCUAACGAGUCUCGAAUGGUCUCCCCAAAAGCAAAAGUCGUCCAAACUGAGAACUAG